GUACUGGGUAGUAUAGCGUAAAGUCGCGUUGUACUGUGCAGGCAGACCGAGUUUGUAAAGAGUGCAGGGAGGACGUGCACCAACCAUGUCAUUCAUAUCAACAGAUGCUGCGCCGGACACCUACAAGGAUAAGCUGAUCAAAAAUGUGAAGAAGGAGGUGAAGCAGAUAAUGGAGGAGGCCGUGACGAGGAAGUUUGUUCACGAGGACAGCAGUUCCAUCACCUCCCUGUGCGCUGCCGUGGAGACGUGCCUUUCGCAGGGGCUUCGUCGGCGGGCGCUGGGACUGUUCAAGACAAGCUCAACAACGGCGCUUUUGCACAAAGUUGGCAAAAGUUUCCCUCCGGCCGCAACGAUCUCGCAGAUGGUGCAGGACGUGGAAAACUCUGAGCCGAACCGGCGCUCGUCGUCCAGCGGUGACAGCACCAACAGACUCAUCAAGCCUCAGCUGAUCAAGAAAAAUUCGGCCAGCGGCGUUUUGUCCAACAGCUGCAACUCUUUGUCCACGUCUGGAAACGCAAAUGCGCCGGCAACGCCUCGGUAUCUCUGGCUUCGGCUGGCGCUUUUUGAAAAGCAGCUUGCGAAGAUUAUCGACCACUUGGUACAAAAUAGCAGCAAGUAUUAUGAAAAGGACGCGCUCGUUUCAGACCCUGACUACGGAUCAAUACUUAGCUCUCUUUUAGUUGGACCGUGUGCCCUCGACUACUCGCGCACCAAAACGCAGGACCACUUUUGGACCGACCCUCCGGCAGAUGAACUCGUCCAGCGGCACCGCAUUUCAGGUCACAACUCGAGCACUCCGCCGGUCACAAGGAGACCCGCGCUCAACUUCCGGCGCAGUUUGCACGGAGUGACCACUACAGAGGAAUCGAUGCCCCGACCUUUGACCUCUAGCUGCGCCAAGGAGUACGUGGAGAGUCUGCACCAAAACAGCAGGGCCACCCUCCUCUAUGGCAAAAACAACGUCCUUGUACUGCCGAAAGACUUGACUGAGCCCAUCCCAGGGUAUUUGUCGCUGCACCAAAGCCCCAACGCCCUCACCAUAAAAUGGACCCCCAACCAGUUGAUGAAUGGAUAUAAUGAAGCACCCCAGGACACCGCGAACAAGAGAAGGUUUAGUUUACCUGUCAGGGGAUCUCCUCCUAUUGCACCUGUGUCUCUUUUGAGGCGCCAUUCCACCGCUCUCAUUGAUUACUUGUACUGGGACUACGCUCUGCAUGUGAAUGUGGACGACAUUGUCUACGUGCACUGCCACCAGCAAGCUGACAGUGGUGGAACUGUAGUUCUUGUCGGGCUAGAUGGAGUUCAGCGGCCGCCCAUUCAUUUCCCCCGGGGUGGCCAUCUCUUAGCUUUUCUCUCCUGCCUCGAGACGGGAUUACUGCCGCACGGUCAACUUGACCCGCCGCUCUGGUCACAAAGAGGCAAAGGCAAAGUUUUUCCGCGCCUCCGCCGCAAAGCUAGGGCCGUCUUGGAAAAGCCAGGCAUUUUCUCCAGCAGUUCCAGCAUAAACAGCUGCAGCAGCAUUGAAGAGGAAGAGGCGUCCGACUAUGUGUUCAGAAUCAUCAGCAAGGCGGCCAACCACGAAGACAUCUCCGAGUGGUUCUUCCCUCGUAGCCCGGUGCCCCCGUCACCUGGCACACGCUCUUCACUUUUCUCCACCUCGACAGCCAGCUCAACCUCCUCUUCCAAGUCAAUCAGCCUGGACGGAGGACCGCCAGAACCGUCGCCUCCUCCAGUCCCAAAGGCGUUUAAAAUUUCGCCCGGCGACUCGAUCCAGUUGCUGUGCGACACAAUGAAGCGGCAGAUCAUCUCGCGCGCGUUUUACGGGUGGCUCGCCUACUGCCGCCACCUGACCACUGUCCGCACGCACCUGUCCGGUCUCGUCCACUCGGCCAUAAUAUCUGCACAAUCUCCGACGGAUGCUUCUGCCGGCCUGACUGAGGAAAAGUGGCUCGAGAUGACCUCUAAUGGAAAUUUGCCUGACGAAGCCGAAGUGUUCCGUCUCACUUAUUACGGAGGAGUGGCGCCGUCGAUCAGGAAACAAGUGUGGCCCUAUCUGUUGGGACACAUUCCAUUUGCCAGCACUGAGGAGGAAAAGAAGGAGCAGGACUUGAGCGUCCGCAGGGCCUACGAAACCACCAUGUCCGAGUGGCUGGCCGUCGAGGCCAUCGUCCGCCAGAGGGACAAGGAAGUCAUGGCAGCUAAUUUGGCCAAACUCAGCUCGGAAAGCACCAGCAACGCUGGAGAUGCUCCUCCACAGGUCAAUCACGACUUGGCCAAUGAUGUUUUUGAGGAGAGCGAGUCGAGUGAUUCCGAACCGGAGGAGGCUCCCGCCGAAGGUGGUCCGAGGCAAGGACGCAGACCCACAGUUUGCCCACCUAAUUCUCUGGAGGCGCCUGACGUUGACCACUCAAACCAGCAAGCACCUGAACCUGGAAAACUGCUCCAGGGCAUCAACAGAGCACAACCACAACCGCAGGCUUCGGAGGAAAGGUCCUCAUCUCCUGACGAAGGGGUGGGCGAAGAGCUUGAAGAUGGAGCUCCGUCCGAGCCUGAGCACAAAGAACCAAAGAAAGUGGAGACUGAGCCGGUUCUUGUCACAACCACUAAUCCCUCUGUAGACAGUGGAAACCAGAGUGAAGUGGUGGAAGAACCAAGCACUGUAAAUGGAAACGCACAAGGCUUAACUUUGGAGCAACUUGAUGGAGGUGUUAGUCCCGGCUCACGAUCCGGCGCCGUGAGCCCAGCAAGCUCACAGGGCGGAGUGUAUUCGACUGAGUUGCUUGAAAACUAUGGCCUGAAUUUGCACCGAAUUGAAAAAGACGUACAAAGAUGCGAUAGGAAUUAUUGGUAUUUUGCUACUGAGGGAAAUUUGGAUAAACUGCGAAAUGUGAUGUGCACUUACGUUUGGGAACACUUGGACAUUGGUUAUAUGCAAGGAAUGUGCGAUCUUGUGGCACCUUUGCUUGUUAUCAUGGACGACGAGGCGCUUUCUUAUGCUUGCUUCUGCCGCUUGAUGGACAGGAUGGUGGCAAAUUUCCCAAACGGAGGCGCAAUGGACACGCAUUUUGCUAACAUGAGGUCACUUAUUCAAAUUCUUGACUCGGAAAUGUUUGAACUGAUGCAUCAACAUGGAGACUACACGCACUUUUACUUCUGCUACCGGUGGUUCUUGCUUGACUUCAAACGGGAGCUUCUGUACGAUGACGUGUUCGUCACCUGGGAAACAAUUUGGGCCUCAAAGCACGUGGCUUCCCAGCAGUUUGGCCUCUUCUUGGCCUUGGCACUGGUCGAGACUUACAGGGAUAUCAUCCUUAGCAACGCCAUGGACUUCACCGACAUCAUAAAAUUUUUCAACGAAAUGGCCGAGCGGCACGAUGCCAAGGCUGUUCUCAAUCUGGCGCGUGAUUUAGUAUUGCAACUGCAAACGCUUAUCGACAACAAAUAAGAAGAUAUUUAGUACCACACAACCAGCCAUAUCCUGUCUAACCCUAUUUUACUCAAAAAAAUAUCAUCUUUACAUGCGACGAGUGCCAAAUGUGAGUGUGUAUGUUAGAGUUAAAUGUGCCUUACAAAAGGAUACUUCCUCUUCUUGAUUUUUGCGAUCCGGCCACAAUACUUGCGAAUUUUUUUAUUGAUAACAAAUAAGGCGCAUAAAUAUGCUAGCCAGAAAAAUCAUAAAUGUCUAUUUUGACCUGGCGCGCCCAAAAAUGUUUUAAAAUCUUGCUGAGUGACUCUCUAAGUGUAUGAUAGGUGUAAUUGGAUAAAUCUCUUCAUCCCCCUUUUCUCUGAUCCCUUUCCCAAUAUCGCUUGAAUUUAGAAGAAAAUUAAGCAGCUUUGAAAAAAUAGAUUCGGUUUUAACAAUUUAUAGCUAGUUUUCUGACAACUGUAUUUUUCUAUCAUCCAAAGAAACCUCAUAUGACUUACAAUCACACAUACCUUCCAAUCCACUCUCUUAUCUACCUUAAUAUUCUGUCAUUUAUCAUAUCGUGUAAGGGCUGGUACCUAAUGGAAAAUAUUAAAUUAAAAGUAUAUUAUACGGAACACAAAAAGUAUAUUCGCAAAAAGACGAAAAUAUAUAUAUUUAUUGCUGUUACUUAUGAGAUCUUGAUGUGUUGAAGAAAACGAGACGGAUUCUGAAUCAUAUGCUCUCGAGAAAGACAAAAUAAAAAUUAAAUCAAAAGUAUUUCUUGGCUUUUGUUAUAUUCAGUUAAAAAUAUUCAUUCUAAAAUGUCCUUAAAUUUCAU